AUUCCCUUCUGCCCGUGGGAUGCUGAGAGAGACUCUUCAUAACACCAAGACCUAUAUCACCACACCAGCUUUUCUAUUAAUUUCUGCAAUUUAAUCUAAAUAGGAAGAUGGGAAUUUGGGAAUAUACUCUUUAUUUUACCACCACAUGCUGCCUAUGGAGAGUGUCACUUCAGGGGGAGCAUCAGAGGAGACUCUAUAGAGACCUGAUGAAAGAUUAUAACCCACUGGAGAGACCUGUGUUCAAUGACACCCACUCACUCACGGUGUAUUUCAGCAUGAGCCUCAUGCAGAUUAUGGAUGUGGAUGAGAAGAAUCAAGUUCUUACGACCAACAUUUGGCUACAGCUGUACUGGUAUGACUACUAUCUUCAAUGGAACGCCUCAGAAUAUCCUGGAGUAACCAAUGUAAGGUUUCCUGACAGUCAGAUCUGGAAGCCUGACAUCUUACUUUAUAACAGUGCUGAUGAAAGGUUUGAUGCCACAUUUCAUACUAAUGUGCUGGUGAACUCUUCUGGUGCCUGCCAAUACUUACCGCCAGGGAUCUUCAAAAGCACCUGCUACAUUGACGUUCGCUGGUUCCCCUUUGAUCUUCAGAGGUGUGAUCUGAAAUUUGGCUCCUGGACGUAUGGAGGAUGGUCUCUGGACCUGCAGAUGAUUGAUGCCGACAUCACAGGAUACAUUGCUAAUGGAGAGUGGGACCUUGUGGAAGUUCCAGGUAGACGGAAUGAGAGGUUCUACGACUGCUGCAAGGAGCCGUACCCAGAUGUGACUUUUACGGUGGUGAUGCGGAGACGAACACUGUAUUACGGUCUUAAUCUACUUAUUCCCUGUGUGCUCAUCUCUACUCUGGCCCUGCUGGUGUUCCUGCUACCUGCUGACUCAGGAGAAAAGAUCUCGCUCGGGAUCACCGUCCUGCUCUCGCUGACAGUUUUCAUGCUUUUGGUAGCAGAGAUAAUGCCGGCAACAUCUGACUCUGUGCCUUUAAUAGCUCAGUAUUUUGCCACCACCAUGGUUAUUGUUGGACUAUCUGUAAUAGCCACAGUCUGGGUUUUACAAUACCACUACCAUGAUCCUGAAGGAGGAAAAAUGCCAAAAUGGACACGUGUGGUGCUGUUGAACUGGUGUGCCUGGUUCCUGCGGAUGAAGAGACCUGGCGAAGACAAAGUUCGCCCAGCUUGUCACAACAAGCAGCCGCGCAGCAGCCUCUCCAGCGUGGAUCUAAACAUCAGCCCUGGAGUCGCACAGUCCACCAAUGGAAACCUGCUGUACAUCGGCUUCCGCGGGAUGGACACUAUUCACUAUGCUACUUCACCUGAUUCUGGGGUGAUCUGCAGCCGGCUUGUGGCGACCGGAGAGGAGGAUGUGCUGCUCCCCGGAGCCCAGGCAUCUUCAGUUAGUAGUAGCGGCCCUGGAGAAACCGAACUGUCCAAGAUCUUGGAUGAGGUGCGGUACAUUUCCAAGCGCUUUCGGGACCAAGACGAGGAAGACACUGUGUGUAAUGAGUGGAAGUUUGCAGCGUCUGUGAUUGACCGUCUCUGUCUCAUGGCUUUUUCCCUGUUCACCAUCCUCUGCACCAUUGGUAUCUUAAUGUCUGCCCCUAACUUUGUUGAGGCCAUAUCAAAAGAUUUUUUCACCUGAAGCCUUCACUUACCCUUAUAUUGUAGCUAUAUCUACUUCUCAGAGUCUCCUAAAGGCACAGUAUGUAUGGCUUUUGCAC